CUCUCCACACGCCAUUGGCUCAGCUCAGGGUGGGCGGGUUCUGUUACCAGGGGCAACGGCCACAACAAGCCGGCUCUUUGGCUUCCGUCAAAGGGGGAGGAUCAUGACAGGUCGCACUUUAGCUCUGCGACAUGGCCCCCCUUGGUCCCCCAUUUCUGAAACUGGGAUGCCAGGAUCCUGGCCCAACUGGCAUCUCACCAGCAGCGGGGUCGCCCACCACAGGAUCCCAACAGUGUCCUUUCCUCCGCCUACUCUACAGUCUACGGUCGGGGCACCCCUGCCUGCAGCAGGGAAGCAGGACCCCCACAUCUGGGCUUUUGAUGAAGUCAUCAGGAGAUGGGAAACCACCUCGGGCUCUGCAAACACUCCCAAGACGAAAGGUGGGCCCUGUGCCCAGCCCAAGGCUGCGGAGCACGAGGAUCCAAGGCGGUCAAUGGGCGUCAAGUCUUUCGCAGAGAAGCUAAGAAGACACCAGGGCUGGGAAGUUCUGAUCACAAAAAACCAGAGCAGCGAGACGAAGGCACAGUACACGGGCUUGCCAGGUCUGGACCAGAGUGCGCCUCUCUUUGUGGAUCCCCAACCCCUGGAGCUCGCUGACCACCACCGUGGGGGCCCUUCCCAGGCCCUAAUCCCUUGGACGAGGAACCCUGAGCUAGCUGGCCAGCCCUUCCCAGUGUGCAAGAUGGGCAUGCUGGACCGCCUUCAGCCCUAUCUGACCACCUCAGCACGUGACUUCCAGAGGAAGGAAUUGUCUGGAUACCUCGGGCAGGAAUUCACGAGCUACAGUGACUGGCUGAGGAAGCCGCAGGCCUCCCGCCAACCGGAGCUCGGUGAAAAUUCACGGAGGAAUUAUCCAGCCCGUGCACGCCCAGUGCCACCGGCCGUGCCGUACCUGGGGGCCCUGCCUCUGACUCGGGAGUCUUAUAAGCCCUUGGUGCACCCGCUCUGCAGGGUGGACCACUUUUGCCCAUCCUGGGGCGGCUCCCACUCGAAGCCAGUGCCAGGCAUCUACAGUGUCCCCAAGGCCUACUGCACUGAAAAUUCCCGCUACGGGAGUGCCAGGGCGGAGCUGGUGUGAGCCUUGGAUUUGUGGGCGGGUCACCCCGGACAUACCCCUCCCUCGCCUUGCAGAGGACCCUUCUCCAGGCAGAGUUUACUGAGCAAGGAAUUUUAUAGCUGAAACUACACCCAUCAUUUGGACUCAGUCUACGCAUCCUGAUUCUAGGGGGCUGGGUGAGAGGCGGCGCUCUACCUCUGGUUGGACGUUUAGUAAAUGUGGCGGUCCAUUCCGCUCGGGAGGAACCUGACGCUGACGCAAUCCAUAUCCUCUACGGUUGCACCCAAGCAUGAGAGUGGGCUAGCCUCCAGCUUGAGGUUUACUCCAACAUCGUAGGGGCACAGCUGGCAGCCUGUAGAGCCCUCCCCUUUCCCAUAAGGGAUGAAGGACACAGGGGUCCUUCCUAUGAUAACAGAGCCCGGACACCUGGGCUGAGGGUGAGGCCAACUCACUGGGACACUUGAGCUAGUCCCUCACCUCCCUGACCUUGUCUCGCCCCCAAAGAGCUUAGUGUCUAGGUUACCCAGGCCUGCAGCCGCUGCCUGGCGGCCUUGCCACCCCCACAACCCGCAGGUAUAAAGCCCAGGUGGCCAAGGUAGGGAAGGCAGCAAGAAUGAAGAGGUUCCAGGUAAGACAG